AUGUAUAAAGUGCGGAUUGAUGGGAAGAUUCAUUUGUUAUAUGUUGAUCAGCUGAAGGAUCCUAUUGAGGAUGCGAGUGGUGAGAGCAGUGUUUCAAUGAAGAUGAAGCAGCCGUAUUUGUUAUGGUUAUAUAGGUACUCUGAGGUGGGUCGUGCUACGGUGCUGGAGUUGAGUGAGCUCUUUACCGCAAUAAGAACCUCGGGAAAAGGGAAGUGGUGGCUGGAGGCGCAGAAUUCAACUUUUGGCUUGUCUGUGGCUGAGGUUGUUGCGUUAGCCUUGCAAGGUAAAGGCCCCAAGAUGGUUGCGGAUGGUCUUGAUGCUGCUUUAGAAAGCAAUUUGUCGCAUACUCGAUGA